AUGGCGACUACUGCUUCGUCGCGGGUAGACGAACUCGUACAAACUGUUACCCUUCACAAUCCUCGAAAAUUGCUAUUCACGGGCUACGUUUUACCCUCUGUGAUACUACACGCUGUGUGGAUUUAUAGUUGGAUUUUUGUCUACGGAAUUGACGAAUAUUAUGAUGCGGGUUUAGUGGGUAUCGCAGCUAUUGGUGUAUUACAAAUUUUCAUAUGUUUAUGUUGCCAGUGGUCAGUGCAUAUACAUACUUUUCUUAAUUGUAGCUCGGCAAAAAAUCCAUAUAAAGCGAAAAUAGCGAAAGUAGUUCCUACUCCCAACAAUGGAAGUUCAGAACUUGUUAAACUACAUCAUUCUGAACAGCAAGAACCGUGGUUCAUAUUUCAAAAAACUAAGUAUCAUUGGAAUUCGCAUAAAAAAAGUUUUGAAGGCCUUCAGUUUCCAAUUAAUCAUUCUGUUAAGCAUUAUUGCGAAUGGAGAGGAUAUUUAGAUGAAAAAGAUAUUGCAGCAGCAGAGGAGAAAUAUGACAAGAAUAAGCUGGAUAUGGUGGUGCCAGAAUUUAGAGAACUAUUCAAAGAAAGAGCAAUUGCACCAUUUUUUGUUUUUCAAUUAUUUUGUGUAGCAUUAUGGUGUUUUGAUAAAUAUUGGUAUUACAGUAUCUUCACAUUGAUUAUGCUUAUUAUGUUUGAGUGUACGCUUGUACAGCAACAACUUCGAAAUAUGGCUGAAAUUAGAAAAAUGGGAAAUAAGCCAUAUACCAUAAUGGUCUAUAGGAACAGGCGGUGGCAUUCCAUGUUUACUGACCAACUAGUUCCUGGUGAUAUUGUAUCUAUAACAAGAUCUCAAAAUGAUAAUCUAGUGCCAUGCGAUAUGUUGCUUUUAAGAGGACCUUGUGUUGUUGAUGAGAGUAUGCUAACAGGAGAAUCAGUUCCACAAAUGAAAGAGCCCAUAGAAGAAAUUGAUGGAAAUAGACAAUUAGACAUAGAAACUGAUAAGCUUCAUAUACUUUUUGGAGGCACAAAAGUUGUGCAACAUACUCCACCAAGUAAAAGUGUAUCUGGCCUUAAAGCUACUGACAAUGGCUGUGUGGCCUAUGUUUUGCGUACUGGAUUUUCAACAUCACAGGGAAAACUUCUGAGAACAAUAUUAUUUGGAGUCAAACGUGUUACUGCUAACAAUUUGGAAACAUUUGGUUUUAUUUUGUUUUUGCUAAUUUUUGCAAUUGCUGCAGCAUCAUAUGUAUGGAUUAAAGGAAGUGAGGAUCCUACAAGAAAUAGGUAUAAAUUGUUCUUGGAAUGUACACUUAUUCUCACAUCAGUUGUUCCUCCAGAAUUGCCUAUUGAGUUAUCAUUAGCCGUUAAUACUUCAUUGUUGGCCUUAUCAAAAUUAGGUGUAUUUUGCACUGAGCCUUUCAGAAUUCCAUUUGCUGGAAAAGUUGAAAUAUGUUGCUUUGAUAAAACUGGUACUUUAACUAGUGAUAAUUUAGUCGUCGAAGGUAUAGCGGGGAUUGAAGGUAAACCGGAUGUUAUUCAGCUUUCUGAUGCACCUAUAGAAAGUAUUCAAGUACUCGCAACGUGCCAUUCUCUUGUGCAAUUAGAUGAUGGUAUUGUUGGAGAUCCUCUCGAGAAAGCUACGUUAAAAGCUAUUAAAUGGAAUCUCACGAAAACUGAUUCUAUGAUACCUAAAAAAGGACAAUCACCAGUCUUAAAAAUCGUACAAAGACAUCACUUUUCUUCCGCGUUAAAACGAAUGUCAGUCGUAGCAGGAUAUACGAUGCCAGGAUCAUCAGAAAUCAAUUACAUGACCACCGUAAAAGGUGCUCCUGAAAUUAUUAAGAAUAUGUUAUCAUCUAUUCCAGACAAUUAUGAUUCGACGUAUUUGUCACUUUCACGACGAGGAGCUAGAGUAUUAGCUUUAGGCUAUCGAAAACUUUCUGGACCUUUAUCUUCGCAGGAUUUAAGAGAACUGACGCGAGAAGACUUAGAAAAGAAUCUUAAUUUUGCUGGAUUUGUAAUCAUAAGUUGCCCACUUAAACCUGAUUCUAAAACUGUUAUUAAAGAGAUAGUGAAUGCUUCACAUUCGGUUGUUAUGAUUACUGGUGAUAAUCCUUUGACAGCAUGUCAUGUUAGCCGUGAAUUGCAUUUUACGAAAAAACCAGUUACGCUUAUAUUGACUGCAACUGAUGGAGAGUGGAUGUGGGAAAGUGUGGAUAGAAAAAUAAUCUUUCCUUUGGAAAUGAAAAAUAUUUCUCGAAAUAAAGAAAUAUGGCGAGAAUACGCUCUUUGCUUAACGGGAGAAGGUUUAGCAUAUUUAAAAGAUAACGAAAGAGAGCUACUUCGUAAAUUGUUACCACAUAUUGUAAUCUUUGCAAGAUGCGAACCGAAACAGAAAGAAUUUAUAAUUGUUUCGUUGCAAAAUUUAGGAUACACAACUCUCAUGUGUGGAGAUGGUACUAAUGAUGUUGGUGCUUUAAAACAUGCUCAAGUGGGUGUCGCUAUUUUAUCGAGUUUACCUGAAAGAACAUCUACUGAAAAACAAGGUAAUGUGAAAAAUGAACACAUUUCAAAUUCAGCAGUAACAAAUGGCCCAAGAAAUAAUCCAAGAGUUUCUGCUAAUACUAGAGCAAGAAUACAAAAAUUAUUGGAAGAGCUUGAAGAACAGUCUGUUAUAGUUAAGUUGGGAGAUGCUUCAAUUGCUGCACCUUUUACUAGUAAAAUGUCAUCAAUUCAAUGUAUAUGCCAUGUUAUUAAACAAGGACGAUGCACUUUGGUUACUACCUUGCAGAUGUUCAAAAUUUUAGCACUUAAUGCAUUAGGACUUGCAUACAGCCAAUCUGUCCUUUAUUUAGAUGGAAUAAAGUUCAGUGAUGCACAAGCUACAUUACAAGGUGUUCUUCUCGCUACUUGUUUCUUGUUCAUAUCAAGAUCAAAACCAUUAAAAACAUUGUCUAAACAGAGGCCACUUCCAAAUAUUUUCAACUUGUAUACAAUUGCUACCGUACUACUUCAAUUUGCAGUGCAUUUUAUCUCUCUUGUAUAUUUAGUUAAGGAAGCCACUUUACUAUCCCCAAAGAGUAAGAAAUUAGCAUCUAUAUUAGCUCCAAGUAAUUUAUCUAAUGACAGUAUGGCUUUGAAUACGAAUUUUAUUGACGAAGAACCUUUUGAACCAAAUCUAUUAAACAGUACAGUUUAUAUUAUUGCCAUGGCGAUACAAAUUUCUACGUUUGCAAUUAAUUAUCGGGGUCAUCCAUACAUGGAAAGUUUAUUACAGAAUAAAUCAUUAUUAUAUAGUCUUAUAGGCAAUGCUGCUGUUAUAUUGGGAUUAGCAUGUGGAUUUUUACCUGAGUUAGCAGAACAAUUUGAAAUUGUGGAUUUUCCAAGCGAUUUCCGCAAUAUUUUAGUUCAAGUAUUAAUAGCAGACUUUGUCCUUGCAUACAUAGUUGAUAGAGUCUGUUUAUGGCUUUUUGGAGAAGGAAGACAUCAAAAGCUGUGAUUAGUACACAAUUUCUAUAUUUUACUUUUAGCUCCAAAAGUGCGAAAAAUUAAAUAUAUAAGUUUAUUUUCUUGUUUCACAAAGAAUAAGUUUUAAUUAAUUAUUUAAUAUAAUUCUCACAUUUUAUAAAUUUAUUAUGAUUCAUGCGUUAAAUACAAUGCUUUUAAAAGACUGACCAAUAUAUAAUUGAGAAGUCAUUAACAUUCACAUUAAAAUUAAUCAAUUAAUUAAUUUAAAAUUAAUUAAUUUAAAUUAAUUAUUGCUCCUUAAAAGAUUUAGGAACAAUUCUUUGUGAAA